AACACAGAAGGGGCGGGCCCUGAACCGGCGUGUAAUCGGAUAGCUCUGCCUCUGCUCUGACAUCCACAUGCUGCUUUGCCUGAAAAGGCUGCGAGGAGCUGAAGGGGAGGCAAAGAAAGAGGAGAAGGCACCGAGCCCACAAGCCUCUGAACAUCUUCACAUACACAGACACAGAGAGACACGCACCGACUCAGGAGCAGAAGGAAGAGGAGGUGGAGGAGGGUGGACGGAGAAAAGACCCAACUCUUAGCCCCGAUCAUCAUCGUUCAGAUGAAGGCGGCUUCCUCAGCCCUAGCAGCCGCCGCAGCAGCAGCCGCCGCCGCCGCAGCAGCCUCACACACAGUAUAAAUCCCUGAGCUGCCUCCACAAGCCUGCUCUUCCCACACACUCCCCCCUGAAACUGGCCAGACUGGGGGAACUGCGCCCAGCUCAGCCACGGACCUCAGAGGACAACCCCACUCAGGGAAACGCACCGAGGGGGAGAACUGACCGAUACCGGCAGAUUGUCCCUCCGCCGAGUGUCUGUACUGUGUGUGUAUGUGUGUAAGUCUGUGUAUCGGUGUAUGUGCCUGAAAUUAUACAUUUGCUUGUGGUUUGUGUGAUGUCCAAAGGCAAGCCUCUCUUAUUUUUAUUUUAUUUUAUUUUUUUUAUCCCUGGCUUUCGGGAAACGCUCGUGAUAUAACAUAAAGGCAAUGACACUUUAAGGAACUGGAGAGAAUACAUUUUUUUUUUUAAGGAGGAAAGCGGUACCCUCUUCCCUUCUUUCUCUCUUCUGAUUUCGAGAGCUGCCCUUCCUCCUGUUGAGGUGCGGUGGGUUUACAAACCCAGCAGAAGGAUAGAAGACGGGACGUCAGGACCCCGCAGGAGGGAAACUACACAAUUAGGAACACUUGGCGGAAGAAAUUCUAAGGAGGAAAAUAAGAGACACCCAAGAGAGACUCCCAGUUACCAAGGAAGACCUACACAUCAGCUGUGGAGAAAGCCCCUUCUCCAAAAAUGGAUACAUUUCAUCUUCUCUGGGUUUCUUUAGCUCUCAGCUUUUCAGGACCCGGAGUGAUAGGAGAAGCAGGCCUACCUUGUGGUGGUCGAUUGAAUUCCAAAGAUGCUGGCUAUAUCACCUCCCCUGGCUAUCCCCAGGACUACCCCUCCCACCAGAACUGUGAGUGGAUCGUUUAUGCUCCAGAACCCAACCAGAAGAUUGUCCUCAACUUCAACCCUCACUUUGAGAUCGAGAAACAUGACUGCAAGUAUGACUUCAUUGAGAUUCGAGAUGGGGACAGUGAAUCUGCAGACCUCCUGGGAAAGCACUGUGGGAACAUUGCCCCUCCCACCAUCAUCUCCUCGGGGUCAGUGCUCUACAUCAAGUUCACAUCUGAUUAUGCCCGGCAGGGCGCUGGCUUCUCACUGCGCUAUGAGAUCUUCAAGACAGGCUCUGAAGAUUGUUCAAGAAACUUCACCAGUUUGAAUGGUACCAUUGAAUCCCCUGGGUUCCCUGAUAAGUACCCACAUAAUCUGGACUGUACCUUCACCAUCUUAGCCAAACCCAAGAUGGAGAUCAUCCUUCAAUUUAUGACCUUUGACCUGGAGCACGAUCCAUUGCAAGUGGGAGAAGGUGACUGCAAAUAUGAUUGGCUGGACAUCUGGGAUGGCAUUCCUCAUGUGGGUCCUCUGAUUGGCAAAUACUGUGGAACUAAAACUCCCUCGAAGCUCCGAUCUUCAACCGGUAUCCUCUCUCUGACCUUCCACACUGACAUGGCAGUGGCCAAGGAUGGGUUCUCAGCACACUACUACUUAAUUCCUCAAGAAACACCUGAAAACUUCCAGUGCAAUGUUCCUUUGGGGAUGGAAUCUGGCCGGAUCUCCAAUGAGCAGAUUAGUGCCUCUUCUACCUACUCUGAUGGGAGGUGGACUCCCCAGCAGGGUCGGCUGCAUGGUGACAACAAUGGCUGGACCCCCAACGUGGAUUCCAACAAGGAAUAUCUCCAGGUGGACCUACGUUUUCUGACUAUACUUACAGCCAUUGCGACCCAGGGAGCCAUCUCUCGGGAAACGCAGAAUGGCUACUACGUCAAAUCCUACAAGCUGGAAGUCAGCACUAAUGGUGAAGACUGGAUGAUGUACCGGCAUGGCAAAAACCACAAGGUAUUUCAAGCCAACAAUGAUGCCACAGAAGUGGUUUUGAACAAGAUUCAUACUCCAGUGCUGACUCGGUUUAUCAGAAUCCGCCCUCAGACCUGGCACACAGGCAUCGCCCUGAGGCUCGAGCUCUUUGGUUGCAGGAUUACAGAUGCGCCCUGCUCGAAUAUGUUGGGAAUGCUCUCUGGCCUGAUCGCAGACUCCCAGAUCACAGCCUCAUCCACUCGCGAAUACCUCUGGAGUCCAAGUGUGGCCCGCCUGGUGAGCAGCCGCUCGGGCUGGUUCCCUCGCAUUCCCCAGGCUCAGCCUGGGGAAGAGUGGCUGCAGGUGGAUCUGGGAGUGCCCAAGACAGUGAAAGGAGUGAUCAUCCAGGGAGCUCGAGGUGGGGACACCAUCACUGCAGUGGAGGCCCGAGCUUUUGUGCGCAAGUUCAAAGUGUCGUACAGUUUGAAUGGAAAGAAUUGGGAAUACAUAGAGGAUCCAAGAACUUUACAACCCAAGCUCUUUGAAGGGAACAUGCAUUACGACACUCCAGACAUCCGAAGGUUUGACCCCGUCCCUGCCCAGUAUGUUCGGGUGUAUCCAGAAAGGUGGUCGCCAGCUGGCAUUGGGAUGCGCCUGGAGAUUCUGGGAUGUGACUGGACAGACACAAGGCCCACGGUAGAGACCCUAAGACCGACUUUGAAGAAUGAAGAGACAACUACCCAGUAUCCUACAGAUGAGGAGACCACAGACUGUGGUGAAAACUGUAGUGCUGAAGAUGACAAAGAUUUUCAGCUUCCGCCAGGCUUCAAUUGCAACUUUGAUUUCAUGGAGGAAAGCUGUGGUUGGCUGUAUGACCAUGAGAAGUGGCUUACAAGCACCUGGACAGGAAGCUCAAGUCCCAUUGAUAGCGCUUCUCCAGAUGGCAGGAACUAUUUGAGGCUCCAGAGUAAUGGAAGGAGAGAGGACCAGCACGGCCGGCUCAUCAGCCCUGCCCUCUACCUGCCCAGGAGCCCUGUCUGUAUGGAAUUCCAAUACCAAGCCACAGGUGGGAGUGGGAUCGCUCUGCAAGUGGUUCGGAAAGCAAGCCAAGCCAGCAAGCUCCUCUGGGUCAUUCGGGAAGACCAAGGCAGCGAGUGGAGACAAGGAAGGAUCAUCUUGCCAAGUGAUGAAAUGGAGUAUCAGAUUGUGUUUGAGGGAAUUCUAGGCAAAGGACGCUCAGGAGAGAUCGCCAUCGAUGAUAUCCGGAUAGGCACUGAUAUCCCCCUAGAGAAUUGCAUGGAACCUAUCACAGCUUUUCCAGGUGAGAAUUUUUCAGGGGGCACCCUCCUACCAGGGACCGAGCCCACAGUGGACACGGUAUCAGUGCAGCCCAUCCCAGCCUACUGGUAUUACGUUAUAGCAGCAGGAGGUGCCGUUCUGGUGCUGGUCUCCAUCGCAUUGGCCCUGGUGCUCCACUACCACCGGUUCCGCUUUGCGGCCAAGAAGACCGAUCACUCCAUCACCUACAAAACCUCCCACUACACCAACGGGGCCCCUCUGACAGUGGAGCCCACCCUAACCAUAAAACUAGAGCAAGACCACAGCUCGCAGUGUUGAGAGUGGAUCAGUCCAGAGGACAAGGACAGAACCCAAAACAAAACAAAAACAAACGAAAAGACUUCAAAUGCGUUGCCUCGAUUUUGCACUUUUUCCUCUUCACCUAGUCUCUGUGUGGACUUCUAGACAUCUCUUUCUAAUAUCCUUAAGCCCCACUCAAUUUUCUACCCUGUGCACCUAUUCUCCCUGUGUUGGGGUUUGUUGGGGUUUCUUUUAUUUUGUUUGUUUGUUUGGCUGUUGUCGUCAAGCAAAAAUAACUAUAAUGCUGCAUCGUGGAUUAUGAAAAAAGCUAUGUACCCUCCUUCCCUUAAUCCCCUCACAGCCUGAUGCAAUCCAUCCAUUGAUCCACCCACCCAGAGACUGAUUCCUCAAUUUUUUUUUUUAGCCUAUCCCUUGUACCUCCCCUCAGUGGGCAGUCUGCCAAGAAACUUGAUGGGAAAGCCUAAAAAUGUGUGUGUGAGUGUGUGUGUGUGUGUGUGUGUGUGUAUACAUAUAUGUGUGUAUGGGUAUAUGUACAAGUAUCUUAUCUAUGUACAAGAGAUGGUGCGUGUGAGAGAGACUGAUUCAAUGUGUGUGUUCAGUAAGGGCCCCCCUUCAACUCCUCCUUCUUUUGCUUCUCCUGGGGGUUCUCUCUCACAAGAAAAUAAUAUGCUAGUUUGUUUACUUGGGGGAAGAAACGGAAGUUUUUUGUUGCCUUAUCCAGCACUGGAUGUGUUUCUGUUGGCUGUCAUUAUCAUCUCUGGGUACCUAAUGAAAUAGAGAGGGCAUAAGAGAAUGACAUAUGGCCUACCGACCUUCCUGACCCAAGAGAAAGGUUCCCUGAAAUGGAUUCAUAGGCCCUUUUGUGGCCCUUUCAUAGUGGAUACAUGGCAGUAUCUUAGAGUGAUGAGAUAACACAGAGCCAUUGGGUGCUGAAGGAGUCGUCCCUGCUGCCAUCCCCUGAAGCAAGUCUGCUUGAGUUGCCUUAUAAAAGAAAAGCUUGUAAUGAAUGUUUAGCUUCUAUUAGUUAAAACCAGCCUUGGAGUAAGUCAUAAAGAACAAAUCUCAGAUGGGUGUUGAAAAUGCAGUAGUUAAAUUGGAGUGGAGUGGAGUGGAGUGGAGUGGAGAAGAAAGGGUUGGAAUAUUGUACCUUAAGUCUGCUCAGCUGGGGAGGGGAGUUGAUUGAGUUCUGUGGAAGGGCAGGGGAAUAAAAGAUGAGAGUCCCUUCCACCCCUUCUUUAGUAUCAUAUUGAAAUUUUGACGGCGUAUCUUAAUACUCAGAUGGAUUUGUGUUCUCAUCGGUCAAAAGUUUCCUCUAAUUAUGCAGAUGAUAUCUGCCCAUCUGGUGUGACUCUUAUCCUUGUUCUCCCAAAAGUUCACCAGAGGGGGUCCACUCAACAUGCCGGAGGCUUUCCUCACUUUUUCCUGAUAUCAUCAGGGUACCAGUAGAGCACUCUGGCUGUCUCCCUAUCAGCCCCUGGAUUACAAACCUAUCCACCUGACUUAAAAUAUUAUAAGAGAACUAGAAAGUUACCUUUUAAAAAUUUACCAAUGUGCUACUCCUUAAAGCAUCAAGUAGCACCUGGCAGAUGGACCUUAUUUUGCUGGCCUAUAAAAUACAGAUGUUGACUACAUCUUAGAGUAGCAAGUGUGGUGAACAUGAUUCGAUUGCCCAUUAAAGCCAUCUAAAGCCACGUGGAGAAAGACGUAACUGAGAGAAAUCACCUAAUGAUAAAAUGAUGAAAUGGAAUCUAUAUCCAAGUCAAGAUUUUUUUUUUAUGUUUUAAUGUCUCUGCUUAUGUUGUAAUGUAGCCCUUGAAUUAUUUGUCACCCAGGGAAACAGUGGAUGGCUCCACCAAUAGGACAGUUUAUGGUCAUCUUCACCUCUGUGGGGGAAUAGAGACAUUCUACUCAAAGCUGUCUCCUUAGCCUCUAGAUGGCUACCAGUACACAGUACUGAUGAGCGUUUGGAUGCUUGGGAGAGAGAGAGAGAGAUUCAGCAUUUCUUCAAAAUACCCAGCUCUGCCUCUAGCCAGAAAAGUGAUGCUUUAGGAUUAAGUGUCUUUCGUUCUUUGGAAGGGAAGAUGCUUCCUUUCUCUUUACUGCAUUCUAGAAAGCAGCCCUGGCUGUACUUUUAAGCAUUCUUUUUCCAAUUUUCUCUACUCAGUAAAGGAAAAGAUAGAAUAGUUGAGCAGAAGGUGUCUUGAGAUCUCAAGAGGUUUUCUCCCCUCUCAAAAAUCCUGAUAGGAAAUAGAGGUGAGGUGGGCAGAUGCAUAACAUGUGAUGUGGAGGAUUUUGUUGUGAUUUCCAUGUUAGCACUAGAUCAGAAGGGGUUUGGCCCCAACGAUGCUUCUCUUCCUGAGAGUAAACAGUUUGGGCCAAUUUAGUUUCAUGAAGCUGUUAGAUGCUUCUGUAGGUGCCCUAAGAAGAUGAUGAGUUAGGAAACACCACCCAGAAAAUCCAGCCAAUGUAGUGGCUGGCUGACUUUUCAUAUACCCUCAGAGAUUUUCCCUUCUUUAAAAGAAGAUGACAGCAACUUUGUGAACUUUCUGCAUCUUUAUCAGAUGCUCUAUGUGGGAAAAAUACAUCGUCUUUAUGCACAUGUCAAGGUAGAGUCUAUAGAAUUGCUCUAGUCUUUGUGAAUUCCCAUGAUGUACUUCAAUUGGGGAUGUCACUCUCUCUCUCUCUCUCUCUCUCUCUCUCUCUCUCUCUCUCUCUCUCUCUCUCUCUCUCUUUCUCUCUCCUUCCCCCUCCCCUCUUCCUUCUUAGUAUUUUCCCUUCCUUCUUAGUAAUUUUCAGGUACUGUGCAAAAAAGGCAGGUUACUCUGCAGAUGUUAAAAAUAUACCACAACCUGAAGCUUUUGGGAGUGAAAUUAUGAUUCUUAAUUCAAGUGGGGGUGGGGUGGGUUAGGGAAGCUAACUGUGCUUUAAAGAUGAUAUGGUACGUGAGUACAUGCAUGUUGUAGCCCUGUGGCAUCAGGAUUGAGAGAAAUGUGAGAGCUACUGACAGAAUGCCACAGAUCAGGCUUGUGAAGAUUUUCCCACAUGAGGUCCCUUGUCAGUAUCUCCUGCUCUUGAACAUUAGUGAGAUGGAAACCUUUGCCUGUGAGGUGAAGUUCCCUUCCUUAUCAUUAUAUUAGCAAGUGUUAUCAUGUAGUCUUUGUCCUAGGGCAAAAAAAAAAAUCCAUAUGGUUCCCCUUGCUAAAACAUGAUGCUGGAAGUGAGGUGAAACCUAGUCUUUGCCAUGCACGCUCCCCACCCCAGCAGUUUUCUUUAAAACCAGAAUUGGGCAGGAAAACAACUAGUAACAUUUCAGGGGUUGGUACAGAUACCCUCUCUUUAAAAUGAAAUUAACAGACAAACAAAAAUAAUAUCUCAAAUUACCAAAGACAAACCGAGAAAAGAUCACUUAGAGAUUUUUACUCCCAAUUCUUAUUCUCUAGAACUGUGACAUCCCCUUGCAUUGCUCCGUUGCCUGUGUGUGAAAAUAACUUGUGGACAUUGGAAAUUCUUUGAAGAUGUAUUGUGUGGAAUGUAAUAAAAUAAUGAUAUUUUUAUACAAA